AGGGUUUCGCUUAUUUAUGACUUUGGCUUAGUGAAAAUUUGUAAAUUUAUGAAAUCGGAGGGAGGUCGCAAACGGGAUCCGACGCCGAGCAGCACGGCUCGAGAAGAAUCCAUGGUGGCCAUUUCCCUUUACAGAGGGAACCUCCACAGGGUCCCCGAUGUUCCUCGUCGGUGGCUUAUGCCCACCCACAACAUCUCUGUUAGAGACUUCAAAUCCCUUUUGCAGCGUCGUUCGAAAGCCCUCUCUCGUCUCCUCGCCACCACCUCUUCUUCGCCGGCCAAAGUUUCUACUUCCCCUGACCCUAAUCUUAAUUCCAAUUCUUCAAUUAAACCAGACGGUGAAGGACCCAGAACUAACGGGUCGGCGCCUGAGGUUCCAUUGGAAACUGAAAGGGUUAGUGUUGGCGGUGAAAGACCUUCUGCGGAUGUCAAGGAGAGGAAGAAGUCGGACAAUGGUGAUGACUGUAUGGCAAAAUCGGCUGAUGGGUUUGAUUCUGUGAAUGGCUCGAGACCUUGUUUUAACGAGCAAGGUUCUGAUCCAGUGGAAAAUGGUGGUGCGCAUGCAAAAGAUGAAAAUCCUGCUGUAUUAGAAAACCCUAACAAAGAGACAAACAAGGAGGAAGAUUUGUUGGAUGACAAGGAGAACAGGAAAAGGGAAGUCGAGGAGAAGUUAAACGUUUUGAAUGAAAAGAAACAUAAUCUUGUGCAAGUGUUAAAACAGAUCUUGCAUGUGGAAGAAGAAUUAAAAAGGCGUAGUAGUGUGCAAGGGACAGCAAUUCGCCCUUCGGCUUCCCUUCAAGUGGAUGCCUCGGCCGAUACAGGAUCAAUGACCAGGCAGCUUGCUCCUAGAGUAGGCUCUGAAGUGAAUGCUAAUGGAGAUACUGAAGGUGGAGAAGCUGAUGACCUUUUGAACCAUAAUGUUCUUUCUCGUCAGAUGCUUCAGAAUAGCAGUAUGUCACCUUCUUCAGAGUCUCCUCUUAGAAGGCCUGCCCACAUCCAAUCAUAUAUGAGCUCACAUCCAUCCCGAGGAAAUUUUAGCGUAUCUGGGAGUCCAUCGUGCCUUCCUCCGACUGGGCAAUCAGGGCUUCCUCCAAACCUGCCCACAGUGUCUGUAUCUGGAACCAAUUACAUUGCAUCCUCACCUUCUCCUGCAGCAUCUGGGGGCACCUCAGUUCUCAGAGAUGCUCGGCAGCCUAGCCCAUGGAGUUAGAGGUCGUCUCUGUAAUUUGCAUUGAUGAGUUCGUUGUGAUUCUCGACUUUCCUGGUUCAGCAGCGCAAAGUGAGUUCUAAGACUAGUUUCAUGAUGUAUAGCUAUAGUCUUGUGAAAAUUAGGUUUGAUGAUUGUACCCAGCUGCAUGUUGAUAUUUGGGAUAACUCUAGUGUCGUCCUACCAAUGUUCUUGUGUUCUUGUUCAGUAUAUCAGUUGUGCAAAACUGGAAAAGAGAUAAACGAGUUAACUUUGUAUACAUUAGGAAUUUCAGUAGGACUGUAUGACCUUUGUCUCAACCAUACUUGUUCAUGUUGCAGUUUUGAUUGAAGCUUAGCCAUUUCUUGAA